GGAAGAACCGGUUUCAUUAGACACCUUAAGAUGUUUUCUUUUUUAGAUAUGUUUUCUCUUAUCAGUGCACUGAGGAUUCUCGCAAGAUGUCAGUUCGGUGGUGCUGAAAGAUAAGCUUGCUGCUCAUGCAUAACGAUCGCUCGCCACCAUGAACUGUGGAUAUUUUCUAAGCCUAUUGGCAGCUUUCUUCCCACUUCACUUGAGGGUCACAGCCUCUACUGAGGUUCCUGAAAUUAACUCAACAAAUGCUUUGAUCACUACAGUCAGUGAACAUUCAACACUUACGCCACUCAGCAGACAACAUUCAUCUACACCGCAAACAUGGACCACUACGGUAACUCCAUCUAUGGAGACGAGUACAUUAACUCCAAGUGGGAAUACAGCAUCCAGCUCAAACAGGAACGAGGAAACCGUAGGAACUUCAGAAAUACCAAUUGUGGCUCAACUUGAAGGAGAAACAUCAGAAAUAGUGGAGGAAAUAAAUGCAGCACUGACAGGGGGAAGCAUCAGUAAUAAUAUAGCCACUGCAAGUGACAGAAAUACUGUUUCUCAUGUUACACCUGUGACUACUCUCCAUGAAUCUAACCAAACCACUCUGUCACCUAAUAUGAUCACAAACCAACCAACCUCAGAAUUAUCAGAGGCAGACCCUAGCACUUCUCUUAUGGACAGAGAUAAGAAUUCAUCUUCUGUUGGACCUGACGCUUCCACAGUGGUGCACAAUGUGUCAGGACUAACGAAUUCCUCAGUUGAAACAGUGAUUCAUCCUGACUCCACACAAAGUAUUUCAGCGUUGACUACAGCUGAGUCCAGCCAAACUCAGACAAUGCAAGAGCUUAUCUCCCCUUUACCCAAUUUAACUGUGGCGGAUACAGCGGUACCCACUGACAUCCUUUCAGCAUCAGUACAUGACACUCCCACAUCGACAUCCAUUGGUGACUCACCCAUAGACAUAUUUGUGACUACCAUGCCAGCCACACCUAAGGCCUCACACGUCACAGAUCAGAGUACAGAAAACAGCAUUCCUCAUUUAUCACAAACUGAUCCCAUGGUAACAAGAGUAUCUGUACGCCAAAUUCAAGACAAAACACAGACAGAGCAGCCACAUUUAACAUCUGACAAACCUAACAAUGUAUCUGAGACAGCCAUCUCUCUGAAUUCAUCAUCUCUGAUCAACUUCAAAGCCACAACUCUGAGCCUGUCUGCAACAGCAGUAACCUCCAGUAAAUCCACUGGGGCACAAUCACAUUCAGCCCCUGUUGAUACAGCGUUAAACAUAUCAGCUUCCACAUUUGGAGGUCCAACUGAGAAGAGUUCACCAGUUAUUCCAACUGUAACAGUGACAGAGGUGAUCACUACUUCAGAGGAAACCACAAGUCCAGUCAUAGCCAACAUGAAGUCAAGGAGCAGCACAUACACCCCACAAUAUAUGCCAUCCACUGGAGGUGAACAUUCCUCUUCCACACAUCAAACAUCAACAGAACCAACACAAAGUAUAGCAUCCUUGGCAACAGCAUCUACCGCCGCACCUUUGCAAUCACUGGCAUUUACAUCCGUAACAACACAAUCAGAUCCAGCACACACUCCAUUAUCUGCCACACCACCGUCGACCACAUCACAGACACAUAUUUCAGAAACAGGACCAACAGCAUCACCUGUGGAAACAAGACAAACCACCGCAACCACAAGAGUUUACACAGAAAUGCCAAACCGUGCUACACUAUAUGUUGCAACAGUAUCCAAAGCAACAACAACACAAAUUGUACCAACUUCUAGUCAUGUCACAGUGCCAGCUGAGAUCAUUGCACCAACAGUAAUAGAAUCUACCAGAGAAAGUUCAACACCAUUGACAACAUCAGCUACUUCAACACAAGGUGCAUUAUCUGUGGCAAUAGGAUUCACUGCCACUCCAUCAGAAAGUAGAGGAACAGACACAACAUCAACACAAACUGGAGCUGUAACAACAAAAUCAACAACUCCAGCACAAAUUGCAGCAUCUGUAAUAACAGAAUAAGUCACCUCACAAUUCUCUACAUCAGAAUCCUUAACAAUAGAACUACCCACAGCUGAGAUACAAAGUGCAGGGCCAACAACAUUAUACACCCCAGCACCAAUUAUAACAUCCACAACAACAGAGGACACACCAACACAAACUACAUCAUCUCUAACAACAGUGUCACAAAC